UAAUAAUAAUAAUAAUAUCCUAAGGAGGGCAUGAAAAGGGCAAAAGGGGAUGUAUUUAACAGUGCCUCGAGCUACCGUGUGGGAUUGCUCACGUAAGCCCUCCUCUUACCUCCGGCGUCUACUAACGACAAUCACGAUUCAAAACCUUUCUGUUCCUUCACUCUGGAAAAUCUAGGUUUCAUAACCGCGAAACCCUAGAUCGUAGCUGGCCGAUUUAAUUUCUAUCUUCAAAUAUCACCGGAGUCAUUUCUUAAGAACAUGAUGAGAGCUCGUAGCCCCCACGCCACUUCGUCCUGCAAUCUCGGUUGGCUUAGCGGAAGGCCCAGCUCUACAUUCCACGGCGUGAACCUGAACGCGAGUAGGCUCAAUACGGCCAUGCCUUCACCAAUUUCCAAACCUUUGCGGCUAUCCGUACGAUGUGCAGUUCGGUUCCGGCCUUGCAUAGAUAUACACAAGGGGAAAGUGAAACAGAUUGUUGGCUCUACCCUUCGGGAUACCAAGGAGGGUGGAUCAACUCUCGUAACCAAUUUUGAAUCAGAUAAGUCAGCAGCAGAGUUUGCAAAGUUGUACAAAGAGGAUGGACUUACAGGUGGUCAUGUUAUUAUGCUUGGAGCAGAUCCCUUGAGUACAUCUGCAGCUACGGAAGCAUUGCAUGCCUAUCCUGGCGGUUUGCAAGUUGGAGGGGGAAUCAAUUCAGAAAAUGCCCUGAGAUACAUAGAGGAAGGAGCUAGCCAUGUCAUUGUCACAUCUUAUGUAUUUAACAAUGGGCAAAUGGACCUUGAAAGGCUUAAAGACCUUGUCCAUCUUGUUGGGAAACAGAGGCUUGUGUUAGAUCUUAGCUGUCGAAAGAAGGAAGGUAAAUAUGCAAUUGUCACUGAUAGGUGGCAGAAGUUCAGUGAUGUAUGUCUUGAUCAGGAAAUAUUGGAUUUUCUUGCAAGCUACUCUGAUGAGUUUCUGGUCCAUGGUGUUGAUGUUGAGGGGAAAAAGCUAGGAAUAGAUGAGGAGCUUGUGGCAUUGCUUGGCAAGUACUCACCGAUUCCAGUGACAUACGCUGGUGGAGUUACUGUAAUGGCUGAUUUAGAGAGGAUAAAAGUCGCAGGGAGUGGUCGUGUUGAUGUUACUGUGGGUAGCGCUCUAGAUAUUUUUGGAGGCAACUUGGCAUACAGGGAUGUUGUUAAUUGGCAUGCCCAACAGGAGGCCUUGACAGUUUAGUGGCUUUGAAUAAUUGUGUUUGCAUUUGAUUUUAAGUAUGCAGAGAGGUUUCAGCUUAAGCAUGCAGGAGGCCUCAUUGUGCUUCACAUCGGCUUUCAGUUUUAAGUAUGCAGGGACGAGUAGGCUGUAUGUUAUGAAUUUUUACCUUAUUCUUAUCUCGUUGUAUUUAUUCGUCAUUUCAACUGGAAACCCAUUGAUGCUAAUUCAGGAGUCAGGACUACUAAUAAGUCAGGCUUUGGGAGCUUUGUUGGUUUUUUUCUUUCCUUUAAAUAUCACAAUAUAGAGAUUGGACCCUA